CCAUUUAAAUCGAUCGAUUUGUUUUUUUUAAAUGUACACACCGGGCUUGUGAUUACCUGGUGAUAUUGUUUUUGAUUUUAUUUUGCAAUUUUUUGAACAAAAGUAAACAAAAACAAAAUCAUGAAAAUUGAGAAAUUUCAUUUUGUUAACAUUUCAUUUUUUGCUUUUCAACCGAACCAAACAAACCUCAGCAACAUGAAUCCAUUCAAACAAUCAAAUGAAAAUAUAAAAAUUAGAUAUUUUUUCCGACAAGGUUUUCAAUCAUUAAAAUUUUUUAAUUUACGUAUCAAUUAUAACCUUAAUGAUUAUGAACAGAGAAAUAUUUCUUGGUCAUUUUCAACCAUCAAACAAUCUAUUUUGAUUACAAUGAAUGGUUGGAUAACCAUUCUAUAUUUACUUUGUUGGAUAAUAUGGUCAAAAAAUGAUUAUCUAAUUAGUAUCGAUAUAUAUAAUAAAAUUCUUCAUCUAAAUAAUGGUAAUUUUAUUGUAAUCGAAUUAAUUAUUGUAUUUAUAUUACGUGAAUAUUUAUAUUAUAAACAUUUAUUACAAUUUAUUAAUUAUAAAUCAAAAAUUAAUGAUUUUUUAAUUAAAUAUUGGCAUUAUGAUGAUAAUGAAUUAUUAUCAGAAUUUCGAAAUCAUUUGAUUCAAUUUUAUCAAAAAUCUCGCCUGAUAGCCAUUAUUUCUUAUCGUAUUUUUACCAUCGGAUUAUUGGGAAUCAUUUUUAUUUUCGGUUAUUUUUCCUAUCAUUUAUAUGAAUGCGAUCAAAUUAAUUUGAUAAAAUUUCUAAUGUCAACAAUAUUUUUUUUCUUAACCAUUUGUCAAUGUAUCUAUAUUAUUGGUGAUUCAUUUAUUAUGAUAAAAAAACUGUUCUGGAAUCAAUUUCAUCAAGAAUAUGUAAAUCUUUAUAGCGAAAUUGAUCAAUUUAAUUUAACACUUUGUUCGAUAUUAUUAUUUACUGAAUUAGUAUCCAAAUCUUCGGCUGUAAUUUGUUUAUUAUUUUAUAGUCAUCAGAUAAAAAUGCAUAUGCAAAAUACAUUAAUUACAUUAAUAUUUAUAACAAUAUUUAUUUCGAUAAAUAUUCUUAAUUUUCGCAUAGCUAAUUUACCAUCAUAUAAUCGUAUUUGUUGGCUAUCUAUACAUCGUUGGAUUGCUCGAUCACAAUGGUUAAAUUUGAAACGAAAAAAACCCAAGAAUAACUUGCCACUACGAUAUUCAUUUAAAUCACGUCUAUUUCUGCAGUCGAUGACCAACAAUCUAUUUGGUUUUACUUGUGGUCGAUAG